UCUGAUAUUCUCAAGGGCACGAAUAUUAAGGUUAUAAAAGGAAGUAAAUCUGGGAAACAGGUAUGUAGUCAUAACAUUUUUACUGCACCUGCAAAACGAAUUAGAAACGAUGAAGUGGAUUGUGUUCGCUUUAAUGGUUGUAUCUGCCACAACUGUUUUUGCCAAGAGGUGCAAAUCGGCGGAUGACUGCGAAGAUGGGGAAUGCUGCGUGAAUUACGUCCUUGUGUCUGUGUUCGGAGGGCACUGCCAAAAGAUGAGAAAUGAAGGUGAAUCGUGCACACCACUUCUAAAGGAUACUGAAGAAAGACCCGACAUGUAUCACUUCCAGUGCCCUUGCAAGGAAGGAUUGGAAUGUGUCGCAAAACACGAGAUUAAGAUUGGAAACCACAUCAUCCGACACAGACCAGAGUGCGUUGUUCCAGGCGAAGAUGAAACGGAAGAAACCCCCUUCCCAGACCCUGACCCAGAAUAAUGAAUAUAAACAGAAGAGUUUUUAUCAAUAAAUACCGUCGUAAUAAUUUGAUUCUAAA